GAUACGCUUAACCUGUCGACAGUUGAAGAUGCCAUGCUCACAGCUUACGCCGCCAAAAAGUACCUCUUGCCUCAUCUACUAAGGGAAUGCUUUGUUUUCAUCGAAUCUCACGUGUCUCCCAAGAACGUCUGCCAGGUCUACGAAUUCGCCACCGUCCUCGAAGCACAUCACCUCAUCUACGAAUGCCUCAACAUCAUCGACAGACAGACUCACCACGUCCUCACGUGCAGCACAUUUCCAGCAGUGUCGGUGUCCACCUUGGAGACCAUCGUGGGCAGGCCGUACUUGAACAUCUACUCGGAGUUUUCUUUAUACUCCGCAGUUCAUCUGUGGGCAGAAGAAGAAUGCAAGAGACGAAACGUUGAAAUUGAGAUGGAAAAUCUUCGAAUAGUCUUGGACAGUGUGUUGCCACACGUUCGAUUUCUCGCUAUGACGGCGGAGGAAUUUUGCAAAGGUCCUGCCAAGAAUGGACUGUUAUCUAAAGAUGAGUGUUAUGCCAUUUUCAUGAAUCUUGCCAUUCCGGGAAUUGUUCCCAUGCCCAAAGGACUAUCCUCAGAUAUGACGAAACGGACUGUACCACCAGACUUUUUCGUUGCUUCUAGAUUCAAACCAACAGGAUUCCAUUCUCCUGUACGACCAAUCAGGGUUUGCGGUAUCCGCUUCACAGUCACCAAUCACGAUAUUUUCUUAGUUGGGGUCGGGUUUCCCGUGAGACUGGACACAAAUUACUUCUCAGUUCGGCAACCAAAGUUUGAAGGGAACCUCCGUUUCAUGUACAAGAUACAGGAAGACAAGAUCGAACGAGAAGAUAUGAACGUCAGCUUCAACCUCGCCAGAGACAAAGAUGUCAGGUUGCGGUUACGGAAAACAUAUUACGUCAGGAAGGGGAUCGAGUGCGAACUUGAACUACAUGUAAAUUCCAUGCUGGCCGAGGACGUGGUCAUUCCUAAUAUGCGAAACAGAAAAAAAGACGAUACAGUUGAUGGCAUUACUUUUCAUUUUCAUCAGUUUAAUCGAGGUCAAGCAAAUAAUGCUUCUGAAACAAUGGAAUUUUCCGAGAUCUAUUACUAUUUCUGA